AUGUCCCAUCCACAAGAGGCCACCGAAGACGACUUGGCUCCUACCGAAACCCAAGGCUACAAAGUCGGUCAAAGCAAGACCGUCGCAGAGCUUGCUGCUCUUGAUCAGGAGGACGAGUCUCUUCAACGUUGGAAAGCUUCCCUCGGUCUGGCUGCUUCUGCAGGUGCGGGUGGUAACAAAAAGGUUGUUCUUAAAACCCUCUUCCUCAGCUCUCCAACUCUUUCCAAGGACAUCUCUAUAGACCUCACUCAACCUGCGGCCGACCUUGCCAAACUCAAGAAAGAACCUUGGUGUCGAAUACUCCGUUGGUAUCACCUUUACCGUCGAAAACGAGAUAGUGUCCGGAUUGCGAUUCUUACAAGUCGUAAAGAGCCAGCGCCUUACACCAAAGUCUUCGCCUCCGAGGAGUCACCUUCAGGUAUGCUCGCCAGAUCCGGAACAUACUCUGUUAAAUCUCGAGUGACCGACGAUGACAAUAACAUCUGGCUUGACUUUGAAUGGAGUUUCAAACUCGCCAAGGAAUGGUAG